AUAUAAAUGAAGAACGACAAGUUGCUCAUGCCCUGCUUGGAAGUGAAAUUUAGAAACUUUGGUUGACUUACUCUGGUUUUGAGCUGUUUUCCGUAUUUUGACGACGAGGAGAGGCAGUAACCAGGCAAUUUUCCAGGAUGCCUGUUGAUCCGCUAACAGCAACGCAAACAGGCGUAGCAGCGGCCGAUUUUGCAAUUAAACAAGGUACAGGCAUAUUCAACCAUCUGAAGCGUAAUUAUGGUUAUGUGAAAGAUAUGAGCAAGAACUAUGACAAACUUAUGAAGGAAUUUAGAGAGCUAUGUGGUGAAGAGGAUGAUGUGAAUAAAGAAGUGGAGAGAAAUGAGACAGAAAAAGAGAAGACCAAUGCUUGCAAAGACUGGUUGAAAAAAGUACAAGAGAUGAAAAAAGAUGUCAAAGAAUUGGAGGCGAAGUAUAAAAAGUCCUUCAGCUGCAUGUGUGGAUUAUGUCCAUUUUGUUGUCUUGUCAAACUUGGUGGCCAAAUUGUCAAGAAGACUGAGAAGGUAAGGAAUCUGAAGGCUGAAAGUAGGACUAUAAGAAGCUUAAUGGUUCAAAAGGCUCCAACUCCGUAUAUAACGAACCCUACCAACAAAAUUAGUGCGUUUCCAUUCCUGGAAGAAAAUGUAAAAGAGCUCCAAGACUAUCUAAUAGUUGAAAAUUUAAAAAGGAGUUGGUAAAAGUACUAUAAUGAAUCGUCUCCACCAAGCGAUGAAGGGAUCUAAAAUAUUUGAAUUUGUUUUCUUGAUGGUUGUAGGCAGAAAAAGAGAUGGAAGAUACAUACAACAAGAACUACUAAAGCGCUUACAAAUAAAACCGAAAAAGUUCAGUGAUGAAGAAAGAAAGAGCAUUAUUCAUGAAUAGCUGAAGAACAGGAGCUAUUUAUUGUUACUUGAUGAAGUAUUUUCCAAGAUUGAUCUGGAACAAAUUGGCAUUAAUGAUGAACAUAAAGGAAAGAUAGUCUUUGCCUCCAGGUAUUUAGAUGUUUGUGAGCAGGCAGAUGAACAAAUUGAAGUAAAGAGAUUGUCAGACAUGGAUGCACAAAAUAUGUUUUGGGAGAAAGUGGGCAUGCAUUUGAAGGAUAAUCCACACAUCAAGAGAGAGGCAGAAUUGAUUAUCAAGUUCUGCAGUGGCAAUCCACACUUGAUAAAGUUGAUAGGAAACCACUUGGCAACUAAAGCGAGAGUUGCUGCAACAAAUGGGACAGAUCCUGCAAUAUGGCGGAACACAUUGCAUGAAUUAAGAUCACCAACUGGGGAACCAAAACAAGAUUUAGAAGAAGUUUACAAGUCCCUUAAACUUGAAGUCGACAGGCUAUGACCAGAUGUGAAGUCUUGCUUUUUAUAUUUGGCUAUAUUUCCAGCUGGUCAUGAACUUCAUCGGGAUUAUAUAAUUGAGUGUUGGAGAGCAGAACAGUUUUUGAAGCACUACGAAAAGCUUGGGGAUGCACGUGAUCGUGGGAAUGUUAUAUUGCGAUAUUUUGUUGACAAUUCUCUGUUGGAAAAGGAAACCAAGGAAGAGCGAUAUAAGAUGUUUGAGUUUUAUCAACAAGUGGCAUUUAGAUUUGCCAAGCACAAUGAGACCAAUUAUGUUCAAGACAAUGAAAUGGUCAGAGAAAUAAGAUGGGAGGAUGCAACUAGGAUCUCAAUGAUUGGCGAUUCAUGUCUCCCUUCAUUGCCUGAUGAGCCCAAUUCUAAAAGAAUCUUAACAUUGUUACUCCAAGAAGUUAGUUGCUUGGUGAAAUUUCCAGGAUCAUUCUUUGUGCAUAUGUCUGCCCUACAACUUCUUGACUUGUAUAAAACGAAGAUUGAAACUCUUCCAUCAUCAAUCUCCAGUUUGAAAAAUCUUAAAGCAAUGUUCCUUAAGAAUUGUGAUCAAUUAACAGAGCUCCGCACUGAGGUAGGAGAUCUUCAUAGUCUCGAAAUUCUUGACAUAUGUCAUACUGGAAUUUAUCAUUUGCCUCCAGUAAUAGGAAAUUUGACUGCUCUCAAGUGUUUAAGAGUUUCAUUUAAAAAAAUUAUUUGGAACCAAAACCAUGUUAAUGGUGGCCUGAGUGAUAUGAUUUCUUCUAAUGUAAUUGCAAGCCUUCAUUCAUUGGAAGAGUUGGGCAUUGUGGUGGAUCCAACCGAUGGAAGGUGGUGUCAAAAUGUAGGAAAUAUUGUUGCUGAAAUUGCUGUUCUUAAAGAGUUGACUACUCUUUGUUUUUACUUUCCAACCAUGAAAUGCUUCGAGACUUUUAUUAGUACCAGCAUAUUAUGGAAUGGAAACAAUCCGUGGAAAGGUGACAGACUCAGAUCAGUCAACAUUAUUGUUGGUCAUCAACAAGGAAAUUCUUUUACCAAAUUUGAUGUAUCCGAAUGGUCAGCUGAAAAGUGGUUGACAUUUUCUGCAGGUGAAACUUUUCCUGAUGCAAUCUUAAAGAUAUUGAAACAAGCAUGUUCUUUUGAGUUGAUUGGUCAUAAAGCUGCCAACUUAUCUGAGUUUAGUGCUGAUUAUCUACAAGGGCUCGAAGUCUGUAUGAUUGAAGAUUGUCCUGAAAUGACAAGCAUUAUUGAUGGUAGAUGUACUACUGGUGCUGCGUUUCAACACUUGAAUAAGUUACACAUUGACAGUCUUCCAAAAUUGGAGCAAAUUUGGAAAGGCUCAAUAGUUUCAGAGAGUCUUGUCAUGCUUACACAUUUAACAUUAAAAGGAUGCCACAAUCUGAAAGUUGUAUUCUCAAAGGAGAUGGUUAAGCUACUUAAUCGGUUACAAUUUAUUCAAAUUGAAGACUGCCACGUCAUGAAAGAAAUUAUCAAGGAUGGAAGUACAGUUGAACCCUGUUCCUUUCCUAAGUUGAAGAGUUUGGAACUCAUCAAUCUUCCCUUACUGUCUAAGAUUUGCAAUGAUGCAACACUGACCUGGAAUUCUUUGGAAGUGUUGAAGAUUGAGAGCUGUGCACUGAUUGAAGAAAUUACCAAGGAUGAAGGUACAGUUGAUUCUGGGGCCUUUCCUAAAUUGAAGAAUUUUGAACUCGUUAAUCUUCCAAAAUUGUCAAGGAUUUGCAAAAAUGUGUCAUUGAAAUGGGAUUCAUUGGAGACAUUGAGGAUUGAUUCAUGUAUGGCACUAAAAACUUUCCCAGCUACUUUCCAAAGGGCUGAGAAAUUGAUAGCAAUCUAUUGCUCUCAAAAUCUGUGGAAUCAGGUGGAUUGGCUAGAUGUUACGGAUGUUACAAAAAUGCAAUUUCAGAAGCUCUAUAAACACAUAUGAGAUAUCCCAAAGAAAAACUCUUUCAAAUGUCUUUCUUUGCGUUUAUUUCAGAUGACAAUUACAAAAUUUUAUAGGACUAAUGUGCUGAAAUAUUUUCUGUUCUUUUUGCAAACCCUGGAUUUGUGGCUGGGUGUAAGCGGUUCACUACGGGAAAAGUGUGAUUUUCCAAUGAUGUUUGUUCCAUUGCUGCAAGAUAUCUUUGAAAUUUAUCAGAUAACUCAAUGGCAUAAAACAUCGAUGUAUUGGAAACGUCUCAUGGGUUCAAGCUGUGCCACUAUAGAGCUGUUGCUGUUGUAUUCUCUACCUUAGUUGAUCUUUGUUCAGAAGUUGUUGUUUUUGACCCUUGGUUGUUGCUGGAUUUCAGUUUUUCCAGAUUUAUGCUUUUGUUCUGGGUAUUGCAAAGUUUGUGAGUUUCCUUCUAAACAGUAUUUUCUUGUCCAGUAUUUUUCAGUAUGACUUUGUGGGAAGAGUUGUAUAUGUAAAAUUAUUUUGUCUUUUUUACCACAAUUUCUUGGAAAUGUUAUUUUCUCGUGUGUUUUACUGUAUAGUUCACAUUUGUACAAUUUUCUUGAAUAAUUUUCCUUUGCA